AUGGUACAGAUUGUGUUGGCAGAUGGUUCUGGUAUUUUGGGAACAUUAGGUAGUAUUGCUCAGGGGAUAGGAGAUACAGCCGUAUCAGUAGCUAAAAAGUCACCUGCGGGACAAAUGGCCUCAGCGGCCACUAAGAGUUUGGAAGAAACAGUGCAAAAGGUUCAGAAUAGUACUUCACACAGUACUAAUGGUGAUCCAGCACGGACGAGUAAAAACGAAACAGUGGAACGAACUAAGAGUGAAGAUGGCGAAGUAGUUGCUCGAGAAAAAGAGCAUAGCGAAUCUGAUAACAACGAUGAGAUCGAUGAAUAUCAAAGACAAAAACAAAAGCGAAACAGGGCUCUUAAAGAAGCUGCCGCCAAAUAUGACGAUAAUAAGUCAGAUGUUGAAGAGUCGGAUAUUGAAGAUUUAACAGAAUCUCUUAAGGCUAAUAAAGACGCUCAUAAGUGUUCCGUCCACAAGAAUUCUACUGAGUGUGCCAAAGCCGCCCAAGCAGCAGCUCUAGCCGAAGGUCUGAAAGAUGAGCAGAUCGCCAGAAAGAAGUAA